CCUCAGUCUGCAAGUAAGCCCUGCUGGGCUUAUUGUGGGGGUUUGAUGCGACUCAGCCACAUGACCAGUCAGGUGAUGAUAUUGGGAACAAAGACUAAAGAGGAUAAACUGUUAGAUCCAGAUCAGUGGCUGAUCCCGCUUGGUGAGGCGCUUUAUGGUACACCCUUGGAAAAAUGGGUCCGUGGCCCAGGUCUCUGCUCUGGAGUUUAGGCGCAGCCUGCUUGAUGGGUAUUGUUGUUGGACAGACAACCACUGCCCAGGUCUCUGUGGCCUCAGCAUCGGCAUCAGCAAGUGCUGGUGGGUUGCCGGCUUCUCCCACAGCAAAUACUGCCCAGGUCUCUACCCUACCAAAUCCAGUUGCAACACCUUCAUCCAUUUCCAACCCUGUGGCGAAAGCUGGGGAGCCAUCUAUUACUCCAAGUAUAACAUCAGCUGAAGAUUUUUCUGCCACUGUAAAUGUGACAGCGUCCCCUGCUGCAAAUGCGACUGCCGUUCAGGUUCCUACAGGAGUAAUGUCAACUGGGGGUCCAUCAGCAUCUCCAUUUACAAGCAGCACAGAGUCCACAAACUGUAGUGCAGUGAACACAACAGCAUGUAUGCCUUGCUCACCAGGAACGUUUCCCAACAAGGAGACAUCGAGCUGUCUCUGCUGUUCAGAAGGCUCCUGUGCAGACCGUGCCAAUUGCACAUCCUGCCCAGCAGGUCACUACCAGCCUCUAGCUGGACAACAGAUCUGUUUGCCUUGCCCACAGGGAUAUUACACUAAUUUUACACAAAGUACUGCGUGUCUCCCCUGUCAGCCUGGCUUUUAUUCCAAUGAGUCGGGGGCAUCAGCUUGCCGCAUGUGUGGAAAAGGGCAUUUCAGCUCCCAGCAAAACUCAGCAUUUUGUUUUCCCUGUCCUCGUGGAUCAUUCUGCAACACAACCAACUGCAGCACGUGCACAGUUUGCCCUGGUGGAGAAGAGGCAAUCAGUGAAGCUUCUGAAGAAUGUUCACCUUGCCUGCCAGGUAUGUUUAAAGCUUCUGGUGACAACCAAUGCAAAGUCUGCAAGACGGGAGAAUACCAAUUACAAGUGGGCCAGGAGAGCUGUGACAUAUGCCCAGAAAAUCACUACUGCCCUAGCCCAGAUGUGAACCCCAUUAUGUGUCCUCCUGAUGCCUUCUGUCCAGCUGGUAGCACUCAACCACAGUACUGCAUGGAAACAUUUCUUCAAAAGGCUGGAGAUUCUUGUGAACUGGCUCCUAUAACUAUUGUACUACUAGCCAUUUUAUCAGCAGGUGGAGUCCUUGCUGCUGCUUUAAUAAUUCUGAAACGAAAGCAAGAAUAUGGCUGGAAAACCUCGAAGUCUCCAUUACUGUCAAAAGAAUCAGUACCACAUACAACUUAUGGUGUAACUGGGCACACAGAACCAGUAUAUGCUGGCUGGUAGGAUUUUCUGGUGUUGGAAAAAAACUCAAAUAAUCACAAGCACGUUCUCAGUUUUUUUUUCAUGUCUGAUGAAAUGAUAAAAAUGUGCUCAGGACAGUAUGUAUGGGCAGAGUGUAAUAUAUGAGUAAAUCCAUGGGAUUUGGUUUGCAAAGCUAAAGUGUUAAGUGUACUCCUGACAAAUACAUUAAAAAAAAAACAAACCUUUGAUUUUUGCAGGUCUGUGAGAACUUGUACUAACUCACUACUCUCAAAUAAACUGGAUUAAU